AUGUCUUCCCCCAGACUCAUUCCCCUAUGGAAGGAUUUUAAAUACCUCAUAAGUGACUUACAGAAAAGCAAGGAAACUUGGGAUGACCCAAAGAGUGACAUAGUUGUGCUGAGUGACCGGCCCCAGGCUGUAGUAUGGAUGAAGAACAAAACUGAGGACAUGGUCGAAAAGAGAAUAUUCUCCAUGACUGAACGAUUGCCGCCCAUCCAGUGUAUGGUACACGCAGGUUCCUUUCAUAUCCUUGUGGCCUACUGUGGUGACUUGCUCCUGCGGCUCUUUGGAGACCACUUUCGGUCAUUCAAACCCUUGGGUAUAGUGCCCUGCCGCUUUAACAUCAACUGCCUCUGCUAUGAGCCAGAAAUGAAGAUGCUUCUGUCAGGCAUCCUGGGGGCAGUGGUCACCUGGACCAUUGAGCAAAGUGGCAGGGGCCUCCAAAUCGCCCACGUGGUUUCCAUGCCUGGUGAUGAACUUGUCCAGGACAUCGUGUUGAAUGGCCCCAACGGCUCCAUCCUAGCCCUGUGUGAGACUGUGGUGAGGGUUCUUGAGCGCCAGGGCCUGAGCCAGCUGGGAGAGGUGAAGAGGUUCAUGUCUACCACGAGUGGCUCCUCUAUCACCUGCUGUUUCACCUGUUUUGAUCAAGGCUUUCUCUAUGCUGGAAACAGGACCGGGGACAUCCAAGUAUGGAGGUUCAAUUACAGCUACUCUCUCCACAGUUUCAAGGCCCAUUCUGCGUCAGUGAUAUGUAUCUGCAGCCGGCCAGAAGCCCACACCCUGCUGACAGCUGGCAAGGAGGGUUUCAUUAAGGAGUGGAACCUUACUUCUGGGACCCUUCUGCGGCAACUAGAACUUGGCGAGGAAUUGUAUCGACUCCAGUUUACUGAUAACAUUACUUUCUUCUGCCAAACUGCCCAUACUUUCUCUUUGCGUCGUCUGCCCUGCUUCUAUACCCUCUUCAAUGUCUGUGGCUCUGCUCCAGAGCAGGUGCGUCGGGUCCGCUGUGGUAAUAACUGGUUCCGGAUCCUAUGCACUACCGAGGAUGGCUUGUUGCGCUUUGUGUCCCCACUAACAGGGGAUCUUCUGGUUCUCACCUGGCCCUUCUCAGCCCUGGACCAGGCUAUGGAUUGGGCGUAUGACCCAAAUAAAGAAGAGCUCUUUGUAGCAACAGAGGGCUCAGAGGUGCUGGUCUUUGACACAACCCGUAGCCCUUGCCCACCCAAAUAUAUUUUAAGCACCUCACCAGAUUCUCAGGACUCAGUACAAUGCAUGGCUUAUGGGCAUUUCUACCUGGGUCGGGGUCUAGAAGGACUGAUGUUCUCUGGCUACCAGAGCGGUAUGAUAAGGGUGCUUUCCCAUCACAGCUGUGCCCGAUUAGAGACAUUAGUGCACUUUGGGGCUGUAUUGGCCCUCUCCACGCUGCCUGGAGGGUUUUUAGGUGGUCAAGAAAGCUCUUUGCUCUGUUCCUAUGGAAUGGAUGACUAUGUACGCCUGUCAGAAGUUGUGCUUGAUGUAACUAGAGUACUUCUGCAGCCUCUAGCCAGCAUUCUCAGCAGCUGUCACCUAAAACACCUGAUACUCUUGCCAAAAUCUGUGGGUGCCAUUACAGACACUAGUUGCCUGCGUCUCUGGAAAUUCCAUGAUUUUCUGAUCUCUGAGACACAGAAAGGCUCAAAGUUUAUAGAGACAUUGCCUCUGCACCAGUGUGCAAUUACAUCCUUUGAUGUAUGCCUGACCUUGGGUCUUUUUGUCACAGGUGGUAUUGAUGGCUCUGUCCGGAUCUGGAACUUCCAUGGUAGACUUGUAGCCAUGCUGGACUCAUCACUGCAUUUUGGUCCACUCUGCUUUGCAAAUGACAGGGGUGACCUGCUCGUGACUUUUAACCAGAGUCUUUAUCUGGUAUCCUGUUUAAAACUGCUUCCCUCAACCCUGCUGGUUCGCCUUUCCUUUAUGAGCAUGGCAGAUGACGUGCUAGAAAUCCCUAAGCCUUUCAUACCAAGCUUCUUCUUCUCUUUUGAGACCAUGUUUGUGCCCAAGUAUAUCUAUCUUAGACAUGGACAACAGGAAUUAGUGGGUCUGGAGAAACUUGUCAAUAAGCGGGCCAUUGCCUUUGACCAUAGUGUGCCACAUGUCAUAGAAGAAGAUGAGCAAGGGAGCCCCGUAUUACUGUCUACCCCAAGAUAUGAUUCCUCGACUAUAGAGGAAACUUACAUAAAGAUGAGAAAACCUUAUCCCCGUUAUGUGAUUCCUCCCCAGCUACAGUUGAUUGCUUGGGAUGGACUCAACCCUUAUCAGAUACUGAAAUGCUACUUUGGUUAUGGGCGGAAAUGGCUCUUUGCUCCUGAUUGCUAUAUCCCUAACUCAGUGAUUCGUGCUCGUCUUUGGCCAGAGGGCAGUCCAAUAUACCUACAGUGCAACCUGCAUUCAUCCAUACGGAAGUUGGAAUGGGACAAAUCUCAACAAUUCUUCUGGCACAGUAGGGUAAGACCUAUACAUGAUGUAAAAGAACAGCCACAGGAAAAGGAAGAUGAAGACUUCUUAGAAAUGAGAAUGUACAAUGAUGUAACUUAUAGUGUCCUUACAGACCCAACAAACCGCAGUUGGCUGGGAAAAAGGAUGAGUGAAAUAGCUAUUAAUAGCUUGAUUGAGACUAUCCUCAACAUUAUGAUGUAUGCUCCUCCUCCAUUGAAGUACCAAUGCUGUGUUGGUGCACUAGGGCAAAUCUUUGCUUCUUACCAGGUGUCUCCACCCUUGCGCUCUGAAACAGCCCGUCGUCUGCUAGAUGAUACAACCAAUUCUAAUCCACUGAUCCGAGAGUUAGCCUGGGAAGGGCUGAAGCGUCUAGGAAUGAUCACUCAUCUCUUUGCCAUGCCUUUGGCGCAGGGAUUAAUGGACAAAGACCAAAGAGUGAGGAGUAAGGCACUGAGCCUCAUGACUGACACUGGAAUCCACUCUAAGCGCUCACUCUUAAGCAUGAUCCAGAACCGAGACACUUUCCAGGAGAUGCAGCAGGAAAUGAUUGGGGAGAAAACCUUGGACAAUCUGCUGGGGAUGCGUGCCACAGAUCUCCAAAUCCUUCAUACUCAAGUGGAGCAACGACUGAAUGAAGACCUGACCUUGUCACAAGGAGAUAAAAAGCCUUCUUUUUCUUUAGAUGUCUCAGAUGUUUCUGAAGUGACACCCAUUUCCAAGCAAUCUCAGUUAGCUCUGAAAGAAUCUGAAGUUGCCAUCAAGCCCAGCAAAGGCCACAGACGGAGCCGAGUAGGGAGCAAAAAGAGUACCCGAAAGUUGUUGCCAGCCCUCAAGAAGAUAAAAGAGACUGGCAUGGAGCCAAGUCCCUUAGACAGUGAAGCUGCACUAAUGGAGGUAGAGGAUACAGCAAUCUAUUCUAGGUCUUCAACCAGCAGUGUACUAAAGAUUUCAAAAGAUGCUGAACAACAGCCUCCAGAGAAAGAUGUCACAAUGACCCUGAAGAUGCUAAGGAAAAAACAUGGCAAAAGAGGCAAGAAAUCCAAGAGGCAAAAGAAAAAGACAAAAAAAGCUGAAGUUAUAAUUGAGAAAUCUCUGUCUACUGUAAAGGAAGAACCAGUUGUGAAGAAGGUGAAAGACAUAGGGCGGGGUGCCUUUGGAGCUCCUGGCCGCAGGGUUGGAGAUGGUUCAUCGUGGCGGGAUGAUCUAUGUCGUCUUAUGACCCUGAGGAUAUCUGGUUCCCAAACAGAAAUGUCAGAGUCUCUAAACACUGAGUUAGUGACCAUGGCUCAGGAAGUGCUGGCAGAUAAGCAACCCAGCUGGGAGCUCUUUGAGAAGAUUUGCCCCCUGCUGAAGAAAGAAAGUGAGGUUCUGCUUGAGGACCUUGACUGGGAUGUAGCCUGGCCAGAAGAGAGAACAAUUUUUAUUCACGAAGGAGCAGUUAUAGAGGACAUGGUGAUCAGAGACACUGAAGAGAUACCAGAGGAGCAGAGGCAAGUACAAACGGAAGCGGGGGACCUACAGAAAACCCAGGUGAUUCCCAAAAAGGGCAAGAAAAAGAAAGUUAUAUUUUUAGAACCAAGUCAUCUAACCAAGAGGAAAAUACUGAAGAAAGAGAUGAUAUCCUCUAAGACACCCUCUAAGCAAAAGAGGAAAGUAAUCCAGAAGGAAAUAAAAGUGGAUAAAAAGGAGAGAGAAAUGAUCAAAAGAAAGAGAGAUGUGAGUCAGGAAGUGGGGAAAAUGGCCAAACUAGAGGGGAAGGUGGUUGAGCAAGAAGGAAGACCAGUUAUGGAUGAGAAUAAGCUGACUUUUCAGGACUGGAAGAAGUCCUGGGAUGAGUGGAAACAGACCCAUGGUGAGACAAGUAUAUCCUGGAAUGAAUGGAAGACACUCUGGGACAGACAGCAUCUUGAGGAAGAGGAGAAAUCACAAAAGGACAAAGAAAAGCUAUUCCCAGAUGAAGAAAAGCUAUUCCCAGAUGAGGAAAAGCUGGAUGGGGGGAAGAGGAAUCUGGAAUGGGAUAAUGUGGCGCAGGUCUGGAAAGAGAUGUCAGACAGGUCCAGGAAGGAAAAAUUAAAGGAUGAAGAGGAAUUGACCCUGAAGAUAGAAGAAUUGCCUCAGGAGGGGGAAAAAGAAGAAGAAAAAAAGCUGGUGAUAGAAGAGCAGAGACAGGUCCAGAAAGAAUACAAACAGGCUUGGGUUGAGAAGAAACGAGCCCAAGCUGAAAGAAAACGAGCCCAAGAAAAGAGGAAACUGGCACAAGAAGAAGAGAGACUGGCACAAGAGGAGAGAAAACUGGCUCAGGAAGAGAGAGAACUGGCCAGGGAUCACAGGAAACUGGCUCAGAGAGACAGGAAAAUGGUCCAGGCAGAGGAAAAACUGGCCCAAAAACAAGUUUGGCUAAGCCAGGAAACAGAGAAAAUGGCCCAGCAAAGGAAGAAAUUGGCCAAGAACUGGGAGAAACUGGCUCAUGAAAAAGAGAAAAUAGCAAAGAAAGGAGAGAGGCUAACUGAAGCAAAAAAUGUAUUGGUCCAGAAAAUGGAACAAAUAGUCCAGAAGGAGCAAGAUCUGGCAUGGCAGGAAAAGGAACUAGCCCAGGGACUGAAGGAGCUGACAUGGAAAGAGGAGGAACUGUCUAGGAAAGAAGAGCAACUGAAUCAGGAAGAGGAGGAGCUACCUAAGGAAGCAGAGAGACUGGCUCAGGAGAAGGAGACACUGGCCUGGAAAGAGGAGAAACUGGUUAUGGAAGAAAGAAACCUGGUCCAGGAAGAAUUGCUGCUGAUCCAGGAAGAGAAGAAACUGGCCGAGGACUUGGAAUAUCUGCCUGAGGAAGAAGAAAGACUUGCCCAGAAAAGGGAGCAAUUGAUGGAGAAUAAGGAAAAACAGGCCCAGGAAAAGGAACAAUUGAUCCAGGACAAGGUACAACUUGCAAACAAGAAGAGGAUACUAGCUCGGAGGGAGAAGACUCUGGAGCAGGAGCAGGAAGAGCUGGCUCAGGAGAAGGUAAAAAUUUUUCAGAGGGUAAAGAACUUGCAUCAGCUCAAAGAAAACCUUGCCCUGAACAGAAAUAAAUUAGUGCAAGUACAGGAGAAACUGGACAUGUACAAGAAGAAAUUGUUCCAGAUGGAGGAGAAGCUGGUAAAAGAGAAGGGAGACCUUUUCCAGAAGAAGGAGAGACUAGCUGAUGCAGAGAAAAAACUGGCCCAAGCAGAGGAAAAUCUGGCUAAGAAACAGCAUGACCUAACCCAGGAAAAAAUGAAAUUAGCUAUAGAGCACAGGAUAAAAUCUCAAGAACUGCAUCUGCUCAGUAGAGAAGAUGAUAUUAGUGAGAAAGAAAAGGCACUGGGCAUGGAAAUGAAGAAACUGGCCCAGGAGAAGUUGAGACUGGCUGAGGAAAGGGAAAGUCUUUCUAAGGGAGAGACUCAAGAAAUCUCAACACAGAGAAAACUGAAUGAGAAUGAACUAGAACUAAUUCAGAGGAAAUUGUCACUAGAGGAGAAGAUAUUGAUCUAUGAAGAUAGGACAUUGGCCGCAAAGCAAAGGCAAAUUGCCAAAGGAAAAUUAGAAGUUACUAGAGGAGAGAGAGUAUUUGCCCAGGAAGAACGGAAGCUAGCCAAAGUAGUAAGCAAACUGACUAGAGGAAAAAUUUCCAAGGAACCAUCAAAAGUAAGCAGUAAAAUCUUAAAGGUAUUUCAAAACCUUAUCAAAAAAGAAAGGAUACUAACCCAGGAUGAAAUACAGAUGACAAAGAUAAACAGGGCAUUCUUAGUUAAGGAAAGAAGAUUGAGCAAAGAACAAAAGGAACUUGAUGCCAAAGAGUGGGAUAUUUCUGAGAAGCAACCAGAAGAGACCAAAGAUAAGAAUAAACUGGCUAAGAAACACAGAGAACUGGCCAAAGAAAUGAGGAAAAUGAUGCAUAAAGAGAAAAAAAUAACUGAGAAAGAAAGCAAAUUGGCUAUGGAACAGAGAGAAGUCAUACAGGAAGAAGAGGAAGAAAUAACAGAGGAAGAAGUGUCACCCCUUAAACAAAAGUCAAGAAAGAGAAUAGCAUUUAAGGAAGUUGAAAUGCCACAGGAAGAAUUUCUUGGUCAGGGGGAUGAGGUGGAAAGUGAAGAGAGCUUUUCUGGAGAAAUGGAAAGCCUGUUAAAUAAAGUAGAACAAGAGAGCUCGGAGGAGGAGGAGGAGGAGGAGGAGGAGGGGGAGGGGGAGGGGGAGGGGGAGGAGGAGGAAGAAGAGGAGGAGGAAGAAGAGAAGAAAAUGGAGGACAAAAAAGAGGUAGAGGAGAAGAAGAAGACGACACCGAAGAAGAAGAAGACGACGAAGAAGAAGAAGACGAAGAUGACAGAGGAGGAGGAAGUGUCUGAGAAAGAUGAAAGCAUGAGUGAGGAAGAGAUAGAAAGUUUGAGUGAGAAAGAAGAGGAAGAGAAGCGAAGUUUACUGGAAGAAGAGGUAGACAAGGAAAAAGAGAUCUUAAAAAAAGAAAAACUAUUUACAUUACAAGAAAAAAGAGGAAAGGAUCUAAGAGGAAUAGAAAUAGUCCCUUCUGUUAGUAAAAGAAUUCCUGAUAUAAACCUGGAAAUUCUGAAAAGCCCUACCAAAAAACAAAUCUCGGUAGCUCUGGAGAGGAAAGAGACUAUACCAGUGCCAUUGUUUAUAAAACAACUAUCCAGGAAAGAUAAGGCCACAGCACUUGAGACACCCAAGAUAUUCCCAGAGACAACGUUUAUGGAUAAACAAGAAGGACUGUUGAAGAAAUAUCAGCCCAUUCCUCUACAAGUUAUAGAGUCCCAAGAGCCAGAUUUAAAGACCCCAUAUUUAUCCCACAUAUUGAGGAAGACCACGGAAGCUCAGAAACUCCAAGGCAAACCACUAGGGGACAGGUGGCAGUGGCUUUCAAAGCAUCCUCCAUCUCUGAAGGGACAAACUAAGGUACAAUUACCUGAGUCCCAAAUCCUGGCUGAGAGAAUAUAUACAGACAUGAGCCUCUCAGAUGUAGAAUGGACCCAGCGUGUCCUAGAACGGAUGGAGGCAGGAGAACAGCUUUCCAGAGACAGUUUCCAUAGAUUGUGCCAGCUUCUGAAAGACCUCACCUCACAAGGAACCUUAGAGUGGAUGCAUCUAACCAAACUUGAAGCUAUCAUUUACCGUCACAGGCAGGUCCCAGAAUCACAUAGCACACAUAUCUCAAAGCCCAGUAAGAAGCCUCUUGGUCCCAAAUACCCAAAAGUGAUCCCUCCUAUAAAAAGAAAGGAAAAGGAAAGCUACUUAAAACCUUUGGCUUUCCCCACACCAAAGUCCUCAUUAGCUACCAAAAGGAUUCCAGACUCAAAGGCUAUAAAUUGGCAUCUUCUAGGAGAGCCUUACAGGAGUGCACGAGCAGAGCAGAUAUCCAGUGCCCUCAAGGAGAUGGAAGGGCAACACUUUUAUCCUGCCACAAGAGACAUUGUCACAGGUGCCCAUGCCUCUGUGGAAAAACAAACCCUAGCACUGAUGUUUCAGAAGGAUUUCUGGGCUUUUAAGGAUAAGAGCAGGUUUCCCAGAUUGCCCAAGGUGGAAAAGAAGACACAGCCCAGCUCUAAAAAACAGGAAAAGGUACCUCUAUGGGAGACAUUUGUGGCCCUGUACCAUGUUUUGCGGAUGUUGCAGGAGCGAUAUGCAGAAAACAGUGCUGCUUGGAUAGAACAGUUCUACCAGCUCAUGGACCUAUAUCAACUUAAGUCCCCUGGGAUCCAGAGAUUGCUACAGGACCUGCUAAUGAGAGAGAAACACCAAUCCUAUGAGAUCAUCUACAAAGAGGCCCUCAAAGCCACAGAGCUAGCUCCCGGGGAGCGGUUGUUCUACCACCUGUUCUGUGGUAACUCUCACAUCCCUAGAGGUCCUCUGGAGUUCCAGGAGGUGGUGUCCCUCUCAGGGCAGAACAAUGUGCAUACUAUGGUUCCCAUAGGCAUUGCCCGUUAUGGCAUCUUAGAACUUGCCUGGAAGAGCCUGCCCCAAGCUGAUGUUCACCUUACCAAGGAAUUGGCCCAUAUCACUGCUCCUACCCCCUAA